CAAGAGGCCAGCACAGCGGCAGCGACGUCUACACUUGAAAUGAUUCUCUUCCCCCACGCAACUUUCUCCCACAAGGAACCAAAAACACGGAAUUGACGCGAACUCGCAGGAUUUCAUUGAAGACGACAGCCAGCUUGUGAAUGAAGAAGUGAAUCAUCUGAGAUUGCGGUCAUGGCCGUCCAGACUGGCAUCCAGGUGUGGUUUGGAGAGAAGUUCGACGCCCCCUCGCUGAGCCCGCGUAGUCCUCGCAGCCCCUUGGCCCAGCGCCACGGCCCCGGCCUCACAGACGUCUUCCAGUACGACCAGUGGCUGGCGGUGCGGCAUGAGGCCACCCUGGUGCCCAUGCAGGAGGACCUCGCCAUCUGGCUCACGGGCAUGCUGGGAGAGGAAGUACGAGCCGAGUUCUUCAUGGAGGAGCUGAACAAUGGCGUGAAACUCUGCCAGCUUAUCGGGGUCCUGCAGACCAGGAUCUCCCAAAGUUGCCCCUCUGCUGUCAGCAAGCUGUUUCCCAUGAGGAAGGUGGCCUGCAAACGUGAUGCCUCUCCAGGGUCUUUCUUUGCUCGCGACAACACCGCCAACUUCCUGUCCUGGUGUCGGCACGUGGGCGUGGAGGAGACCUACCUCUUUGAGUCAGAGGGUCUUGUGCUGCACAAGGAGCCUCGGCAAGUUUGUCUCUGCCUGCUGGAAAUUGGACGCGUGGUCUCCAAGUACGGCGUGGAGCCUCCUGUGCUGGUCAAGCUGGAGAAGGAGAUCGAGCUGGAGGAGACCUUGCUGCUGAGUGAGGAACCUCCACCUGUGGUCAAGACCUUCAGCGUGUGCUGCCAGCAUGGUGGUCUCUACCAGUCUGGGGAGCACGGAGUGGACGGGCCGCCCUGCAACUGCUCCAACAGAGUGUCCAUCGAGUACUUGUCUGAGGGCCGCUACCGCCUGGGGGACAAAACCAUCUUUAUACGUAUGCUGCACGGCAAACACGUGAUGGUGCGCGUGGGCGGCGGCUGGGACACGCUGCGCGGCUUCCUCAGCAAGUACGACCCGCUGCGGGUGCUGCAGUUCACCACGCUGGAGCAGAAGAUCCUGGCCUUCCAGAGGGGGCCGCCCGGCUUGGGCGGUCACCACGGCAACGCGGCCCCGCCCCCUGACAUGGACCCCCUGGCCGCCGUCGACGACCUCGUCUCCUCGUCCGAUUCGUCGUCCGCGUCGUCGUCGUCUUCCUCGGGUCAGACGUGUCGGUCCUACGCCGCCUCCCCCGCCUGUACGCCCACGCUGCCCAGGAAGGCGGCGAAGAAGAAUCUCCAGAUGACGCCGCCGGCCCCCAGGAAGCCCACCCAGCUGCCCCUGCCUGUCGCCGCCAAAGGCUCCUCCUCCUUGCCCGCCACACCCGUGGGUGGCUCAAAGCAGCCCCCCAGUCCGGGUGUGCAGGUCCAACGUAGAGCCGCAACGCCGGACCUGUGCGCCGCGUCCAAACUGAGGCUUAGACCCACCCCUCGGACCGCCGCCCCCCAGCCGAGGAGUCCGGUUUGCCCCGAGCCGUCUUCCAAAUGUCCCAAACCGUCCAGCCCCUGCAACUCGCCCGCGCCUCGCCCCGCCACCGCCCCGGCAGACGCCCGACCCCCGACGGGUGCCGGCCAGCGCCCUCGCCUGGCACAACGCCGCCCCGGAUCCCCUGCCUCACGCCUCCGACUAGAGGCGGCGAGGCGGGUGAGGGCGGCGGCACGCGCCGCGGCAUCCCCCGCAUCCAGGGCGGCGGCACGCGCAGCAGCGUCCCCCGCGUCGAGGCCGGCGACGCCAACUCCUAACCCGCCCGCCACAGUUACGCCAAAACCCGCUAAAGACACCGCAUCCAAAGCCGAGGGGUCCGCCCCGAUUAAGGCCGCCUCCCGCCUCCCACGUGGCACCGCGCUCCCUGGGCGGGUCCCCGGGGGCGCCACCCACAGCGGUGCCGCCUCAACACAGAAGACGUCACAAAAACCCUCAGCUUCAGCCGAGCACGUCAGGCCUGAGCUCACUCCCACCCACAAGAGCGCCCCCGACGUCAAAAUAAAAGCCCAGCCCACGACCAGCAGGAAGAUCCCUCAGUAUCGAGGCAAACCUGAGGAGCCUUAUUUUGAAAUGACCGCCAGGAGACGGCAGAAGACGUGACGGACAAGACAAAAAAAUCCGCUUUUUAAACACUAAUUCUCAUCGAAACUUUUUUUUAGGGUGUGUUUUAUAGAAUAUUUAACUUUUAUUUUGUAAUCCAAGAGGGUCGAUGCUUUGUCCUUUUUAAUGUUUGUCCUUGUGAUGCGUGAACGAUUAUUUCCUCUCACAAUGUUUACAUGUGACUUUGUUGCGUAGCAAACGCUGACCUCAUCAGGAAGAAAAAAAAAAGGUUACCAAAGUGAUUUUAAAGCAGUUUUUGACUCGACGCCAUCACGAACAAGUCCUCGGUCACGUGCCUUCGUCAGAAUCCCGUGUGGAUGGCAUUUGGAAUGUAUGAAGUGGUUAUGGGAGAUAUGUUUUUUUUUUUAUGAUUUGAAUGAAACUUGCACAAGAGGAAACUACUGAUCAGAAAACCUAUUUUUAUCUUUCACCAUGUCAGCACUUUUAGUGCGCCGUCUAAGCAGUACAAAUGUGUUUUUAUGGUGAAGAAUUAUUAUUCUGUGUGUCUUUGUUGGUGUUUGUCUUUGUGUAGAGACUAUUUACAGAACAUUUUUAGUGAGGCUUCCUUUUUUUCGUCUUUGGCACUUUACAAAAACAUUGUUUGUCAAACUUUGAAUGUUGAUUUUGUUCAGAUACCAUUUUCUGUUUGGGUUGAAUAAAUACAUUAAAAAACA